AUGCUCCCGCGCUUCAACUGUUCAUCGACAGACGAAGAUCCCGUUUCCCCGUUUCCCGAGUGCUCUGUAUGGCAUUGCCCUUGCCAUGGUGGCCAUUUAUAUGAAGGCCAACAAUCUACCCAUAAGUCUCCAGCCGUAUCGCACUGCCUUUCGAGCGGGUCUCCUCGCAACUUUUCCCUAUCCGCGUUCGACAUGAAAGCGAUCGUUCUGACUGGUGUCAUCAUGCCCCCAGUACCAACACAAUUUCCUGCAGCUCUCUCAAGUGCGCGAGAGUAUCUCUCUCUUCUUGCGGAGUCCUGUCCUGAUGCUAUCCAGUCCAAGUACCAGAGCGCGCACCUAGAUAUAAACCCAGACGACCAAUACUGCAACAACCACGGAAGCACCCAGGAGAAGAUGGAUGCUACCUGA